UCCACUCACAGGUGAAAACACUCUGACUCUCUCCUCACCCUGAAAGGAUUAACAUCGUUUAUCUCAGCGAUGAAGCUCGCCACGCUCGUCUCCUUCCUCCGUCCGGCCGUCGCCACGCUGGUUCUCCUGCCGCUGCUUCUGAUUGGCUGGGCCGAGCAGGUGGCGGCGCACCCUGUCGACCGGCCGCUCAGCCAGCCGCUACGAAACCCGGAGACGUACCAGGCUGUCUGGGAAGUGUCACAACACGCUCAGAGUCAGCAGACGCACAGUGACUCCAGCACCAGACUGAUGCCCAGAGUCAACACUUCCCAGGACCACAUGAAGAUCUGCUGCCUCCACGCCAACAUCCUCGACUUCUACCUGAACAACAUCCUGCAUCGCCGUGACGACGACCAUCCUCACAUGCACAGGCUGAAGAUCGACCUGACCCGGGUCAGCGAGGACCUGCAGGCUCAUGGCUGCAAUGUGACGCAUUACCACGACCAUCAGCACACCGUGGAGUUUCGCAGGAAGCUCACCAGGAUGGGGGGCGAGCGAGGCCUCGUCAAAGCGGUGGGAGAGAUCGACAUCCUGUUCACGUACCUGCAGGAUUUCUGCAUCCAGCCGAGGAACUCGACAGACGAAGCUGCUGCUCACUGACGCCGCUUCUGCUCGCCAUAUUUAUCAAACUUUGAUCCUGACAACUUUUAUACGUUUAUUUAUUCAUCUAUUUAAUUUGAGAACAUAUUUAAAUUUUUUAUAUAAAGUUCAAUAUUUAUAUUUCUGAUUAGUUAUUGAUCGAUUUAUUGAUCGGAAUGUUUUUAUACCAAAGGAGUCGUUGUUGAUCGUGUCGCCGUGUUACGGCUGAACAGUGUUUAAUGCUGGAUGUUACACUCAGACUGUCGGACACGUGUGGAUGUGCUGUUAAUUUAAACACAAGAUACUUGUGCUCAAAAAGAGGAUUCAUUCUCAGUGAAGAACCUUGGAGCUCUAAUCUGCCUCUAUACCUGCCAAAGUAUAGAAACUGUGUUACGA